AUGAAUUUUAUUCCAAAUAAACGUAAUAUAAGAAGUACAAAAUCUGAAGUCAUUCGAAAAAUUAACAAUAAUGGCUAUAAUGCUAAUAAUAGCAAUAAUUUAAUAGAGAAUAAUAAAAAUGAAAAUGGUACUAGUAAUGAUAAUUUUACACUUGAAGAUAAUACUUUAAAUGGGAGUUAUGAUAUAGAUAAAAGGUCAGAGAUUCAUUAUUGUAAUAAAGCUUUUGAUCCACAGUAUUUGUAUAUGAAUAAAAUUUCGAAUGAUGUGAGGUCUACAAGAAAUCGUACUUCUACACAUAGAAUUAUUUCCCCUCGUUCACAAUCUAUAAAUUUGUUAGCUCAAAAAGUAGCAAGAACUUCAAAUGUAUCUAAAAUUUUUGAUGAUAAAGCAUCCGUCGUUUCGUUUUAUACGAAUAAAAAAAAAAAUUUAGACAGAAUACCUAUUCCUGAAUCUAAUGAUAGUUUUAAAACACAAGCGAAUUCACAAAUAGUAGAGCAAUCUAUAGAAUUGUUGAAACAUUUAAUCAACCAAGAAAACAGAGAACAUCAUUCCUCAUCUCAAGAAAAUGAGAAAAAAAAUAAAUUAAUGUUUAAAUUAGUCGAACAAUUAAAACAAUGUGAUGACAUACCAGAACACACACAGGGGGAAUAUAAUAAUACCAAUAAUUCACUUGAUUUAUACAAAAAAAAAAUAGAUAUGCUGAAUUUAAAAUUUCUGAAAUUAAAAAAUGAAUAUUCGCAUCUAAAUAACGAAAAUGUUGUCCUUAAAAAACAGUUAAGAAACAUAAAGGAUAACUAUCAUAUGAUAAAUCAAAAGAGCGCAACUGUAUCUUUUUCCAGAGGACCGACGAAAGAAGACAUGUUGAGAAGUAAUGAUAUCGGAAGCGACAACAACAGUUAUAAUAAUAACAGCAAUAGUAAUAACAACAGUAUUAGUAAUAACAAUUUCAAUAGUAAUAACAUCAGCAAUAGUAAUUAUGAGCAACAAUUAAGAGAAGCACAAAUGGAUGGCGUAUCAUUAAACAAGACUGUGAGUAUUGAUAAGGUACCAUCGUCCAUGCAUCAAAUGGCAAAAAAGAAAUUAGUAGAUAAUCAAGUACAAACGGAAAAUACUUUUCCAAGUCGUAUUGUACCUUCCUCUGAUAAUAAAAAACAAGGGGGGGAAGGAGGACCAUCAAGUAUUUACCAUGGAGGUAGAUUAAAUUCAAGUUUUUUAGAUGAAAAUUACAUAAACAAAAUUAGGGAAGAAAUUAGAAAUGAAGUUAUUCAAGAGGUUACCAAUAAAUUGGAUAAAGAGUAUAAAGAAGAAUUACUUAAGAUAAGAAAAAGUGUAAAUAACAACAUGUAUAAUCCUAGUAAUAUGGAAGAAUUUUCCGCCGACACGAUUUUUAAUAAUUGUCGAGAUCAAUUGGAUGAGCAAAUAAAUGAUACUAUUAAUAGAUAUAAAAACAGCAUUUUUGAUAAUUUUAAAGAUAUAUUGAAUUUAUCCAAAGGAAUAGGAAUAAAAUCGUUAGAACACAUGAGUAAUGAAGAAGAUGAGAGAAACAAAAAGGAAAAAAAAAAAAUAGAGGAGGAGGGAAGUGAGGAAGAAGGAGGGAAAGAAGGAGGGAAGGAAGCAAAGGAAGAAGUGGAGAAGGAAACAGUGGAAAAAGCGAACGAAGAGGAAGAGGGACAAGAAAUGGGCAAUUUUUCUUUGAUAUCGUUGAAUGAUAAAAUUAAUGAUUGUUUAUGCUUGUUUGAAAAUAUUAGCAAAAAUAAAGAGAAACUCAAAAUAAAAGAGGAAAAAAGAAAAGGUGAAAGGAAUAAUGUAAUUAACGCACUGAAUAAUAUAAACACAUGUAUGAAUGAAAUUGAUGACAUGAUUAACAAUCUUAAUGCUAAUAUAGGUAAGAAUAUUAUUUUGGAUGAUGAAGAAAGCUAUCCUGGAGAUAUCAGCAUUUUGAAGAGGACUUCUUCUAAAAGUGAAGAUGACGAGGGAGAGGAAAUGACCAGUUGUAGGUCCCUUGCAAACACUAUUGAGAGUAGCGAGGUGGAAGAAAUUGAAGAAGAUAUUAUUGAAGAACAUAGGGCGGAAAUGGAGCAUAGGAAAAGGAAUGACAAGGCUUAUAAUAGUAAUAUUCAAUGUAGAAUUUUAUCAUGCGAGGAUAAAAUAGAUACUAUGAGUAACAAAUCAUUGAAGAGCAAUCAUUCUGAGGUGCAUAACAGGAAAUAUCAUGGAGAUAAUUUAAAUAUUAUAACAAGUAAUAAUAUGCAUAUAAUUCAUGAGAAUUUUACAUCUGAUGUUAUGACCAAAAACAUGCAUGCUGACAUAAAUGAUGGAAUAAAUAAUAUAAUAAAUAAUGACCUAUAUAAUGAUUUAGAUAAUGACUCAAAUGACAAUAUUAAUCAUUUGGGGUUUCAUCAAGGAACUUCAAUAAACAUGAAGAACACAAAUAAUGGUACAGCUAUAGCAGAACAGAAUUGUGAUAAAAAUAUAACGAAUAAGGAAAAUAUAAGAUGUAACAAUACUGAGGAAAGAGAUAAGAACGUAAAUCGAAAUGCCAUUGAGACUAGUACAAAACAAGAUGACAAGGAAUCUUCAAUUACUACAAGUACGGAUAAAAAUAAGGGUAAUGUACAAAAUGAAAAAGAGAAGAAAAAAGGUAAAUGGAGAAAUAUAUUUUCUAGUAAAAAAAUGAAGAAAAAAAAUUUCGUCGAUAAUUUUGGUGAUGACGCAGAAUUAUGGUCGAAGAGUGAAAAGUGUGAAAGUGGUCAAAAUGGUGAAACUGGUCCAAAUGGUGAAAACUACAAAAGUAAUAGUAGCAGUAAAAAGGGAGAUGAAUAUUUUUAUAAUACUAUUAAUACAUCUUCAAAUAAUAUGCACAUUGAACGGGGAGAGUUAGAUGUUAUUACGAAUCCUAUAAAUAGUGAGGAUGUAUCUAAUGCUUAUAAUAGGUUAGGAAAUGCUUCUAAUAAUGCAUAUUGUGUUGAACAGAAACUCUUGCAUACCACUUCAAGCGAUGAGAAAACAGAGUGCUUUCAAACGAACGCAUAUAACAUAAGUCAAGGAAUGUAUUUAUCCCAUGGUAAUCCAAAUGUAGUGGGAGAUGAAUUGUGUAAGGAUCAACAUAAUAAGGAAAAUCAUAUGAAUAUAAGUAUGAAUGUGAAUAUUAAUAGUGCUAGUAUUAAUAACAAUUUGAACACAUUUGAAAAUUAUGAUUUUAAUAUGAACAAUUACCAUAGUGGUGAGGGAAUGAACAAUCUUGACGUGAAGAAUCGUUACAACAGUAGUAAAAUUGAUGGCAAUAAUAUUUUCAGUUCUUCAAAUAAUCUGGACGUGAGUAACAGUUACAAUGCAACGCGUGGUAUUAAUAAUAGCAGUAGUAAUAAUAAUAGUAAUGGUAAUAUUAACUAUAAUAGUAACAGCUCGUAUAUUUACGAAAGCAAUAAUAUAUAUAAUAACAAUGCGCAUAAUAAUAAUGAGGGUAUGGAAAGAAAUUCCAUUAAUUGUUCAGUUUAUUCAUAUAAUCCAUCCAAUAAUAAUAAAAAAUGUUUUGUUCCCAUUGAUGAACAUAUAAAUGAUCAGGAGAAUUUUCUGAUCAAAAAAAAAAAUAGCCAAAAAAUGUUCAACUAUAAUAAUGAAGGGAAUAAUUUAAAUAAUAAUUUCAUCUAUAUGGAACAAAAUGAAAACGACUUAUUAAUGGAAACAGCACAUAUACAAUUUAAUAACGAAAAAGAAAAUUGCCUAAACUUUCGUAACAGUGAAAUAAAUAAUGGUAAGGGAAACGACUAUAAUAAUAAUAAUUACGAUGAUCACAACUACAAUAAUAACAAUUACAGUAAUCAUGUUAGUAGUAAUUAUAAUUAUAAAGUAGGCAAUACCAUGAAAUUUGCUGAUGAGGCAGAUAAUCAGUAUAAUUUAUUUUACAAUAUGAAUAAUCAAAAUGAAGACACGAAUAAUAAUAUUGUUUAUUUAAAGAAUUAUGACCAUGUACAACAGUUCAAUGAUGCAUCACAAAGUAAUUGUUCUAAUUAUUAUAAUAAAACUGCUAAUAUAAAAAGAGUAAAUAGUUCUGCAACAAAUACAAAUAAGAACGUUACUACUAGUAAUUUGUCUCAUAAUAAUAAACUUAAAUUAUCAACAAAAAGUGAAGUUCAUUACAAUUCUUACAAAUCACAAAAAAAUAAAACCAAAAAAAAUCUCGAAGAUCUUUUCGCAUAA